GGGAGACGCCCUCCCCCCCCCCCCGAAAGUGAAACCAUUAAACCAAUCUCCGCGUCUCGCCUUCAUCCUCUCGCCUUUUCCUCACCGAAUCCACGCUAGGAGAUGACCACCAAAAAGAUGGCGAUCGCGGACUCGCUGGAAAACCUGUCCAAGGACAACUUUAAGAAGUUCUGCAUGGCUCUGGUGGACCGGCGCGGGGAGCGAAGGGUGGCUUUCUCAAAAGUGGAGGACAAGACCUACCUGGAGGUCACCAACGUGCUGGUGUCCACCUUCACCGAGGACGGCGCUCCGGCCUUGACAUCCGAACUCCUGAAGCUCAUCGGGUGCUCGGAGGAGGCGAAGCAGCUCGAUAACCGAAUUUCCCAAAAGUUCCCGGUAACAUCAUCUGGUGAAAAGGCAGCAGCACACCAAACAGGAGGUGCACAUGCCACUCCAAGUUCCACAGAGGAGCACUUCGUGGAUAAACACAGGCUGGAACUGAUCCAGCGCGUUGUCAACAUUAAUCCCAUUUUGGACGUCCUGCUGCGUGAGCAAGUCGUCCAGGACGAGGUCUACGAUGAAAUCAGCGAAACGCCGGGCAACCAGAGCAAGAUGAGGAAGCUCUACAAGCUGGCCCUCAAGUCCGGCGUCGGCGCCAAGGAUGUCUUCCUCGACAGCCUCAAGGAAUACGAGCCGUACCUCGUGGCCGACCUCCAGGACUAGGAGCGGACGUCCGACAGCGAUGUAUUUCUCUCUUUGUUUCUUAUCUACAGUAAUCUUCAGAAUGCAUUCACGUAAUCCCACCCCCUUCAUCGAGUUUCCCCGCCCACGACUCGCCAGCGAGGCCGUUCCAAGGUCCUGCUGGCUUCACGCCAUUUUGUCGUCGGACGCAUGGAGGAUUCCGAUCGUCCUCGAUUGCCUCGUGGAGGUCGUCAGUGUGGCUUGGCGACGAAGUGCUGCCACCUCGAGGGAAAAUACAAACUAGGCAUUUUUUUUAAAGUCUUAUCGUCUGACCCGCAGUAGAGGGGAAAGUGGGAGGAGCCGUUAAUUAUUUGUAUGAAAUCAGACUUCAACAUAGGAUCAUUUAUGCAAACACAAAACAAAUAAAAAAAGGAAGAAGCAUUUUCACUGGUGGAAGCAGCACUUCAUUGACCACAACAAUGAAUGCUCCGAGAAAAAUAAAUGUUUUGCCAGUGAUAAAAAAUGUGAUAUUCAAAUUUGGUGUCGGUUUGGAAUGUAUUUUAAUGUUUCGUGGGGUAAGAUAAUCUGUUUUGCAAAUUGUUCUUUAAUUUAAACUGUUGGGUGAUGUUUCAUUACUAUUGGAAUUGCAUUUUUCUUUUAUUAAACUUUUUAAAAUGUC